AUGCAGCUACGCGAGACAUUUCAAUUCGGGAAGAUUGCUGCAUCUGCAGAUAUCUGGAAUCAGUCUACAAACAGGCUGGAAAAUAGCCUCACCCAUCCAGUAGAUCUCGCCAAGCUAGAAGCCGAUCAAGAUCCCGAAUGGACAUCUUACCAAACAGCUUUCCAUAAAAUUGGCUUCCGACAUGCCCAUUCCUACGCCCGAAACUUCAUCCCAGUAUUCUGGUCAUCUGAAAUAAAAUAUACAGAGCAAUGGAUUCUACCAGGCUGGGACUGUCUCCCACAAGGAUCCUGCCCCGCGCAUGAAGAAGAAAAGGCGCUCUGGACAACAGAGAUGAUUCAAUUCGCCAUCGACAUGAGCUUCCCAGUACAGGAAAACUUCUUUCCCCAUAUACCCGGGAAGAAGUUACCAAUGGGUAGUAUUGCUGCUACGCUUGAGUUUGCAGAUAAGCAGAGACAGGCUCGUGUACUGGGACAGGAGAAUUGGAGGGCGUUAGAGGAUGAUGGGUCUAUGGAACCCAUUACGCAGACUAUCAAUGUGACGCUUUCCAUGUCGACGGAGAUUAAGAAGAAUCUUCCGGUCUCUGGUGCUCGGUGGCUUUAUUUGAGGACGGAGGUUAAGAGUAUUAUGGAUGGGAGGAUGGAUAUGGAGAUUCUUUUGUGUGAUGAAAGAUUGGAGUUGAUUGCUGUUAGUCAACAUGUUGCCCAGAUUAUACCUUCUGCUAAGAAGCAUGAGAAGGGGGUAAUUAAGGCGAAGAUAUAG